GACAGCUUGGUGUGUGAAUGAGAUGUGUAAUUAAACCAAAGAGAUGAAGUGUGACUAAAUGUGGAACUUAUCUGAGUAUGGUUGCCAGAGGGUGUCGAGAGUGCGUGUUGAUCCAGGCGGAAGUCCAAAUAAGGGCAAGGCAGGCUCGAGUGUUGGAGGACAGGCGGAUGGUCGAGGACAGGAGCGCGGCGUCGUAGUAAGUGGGCAGGCGUGAGGUCGAAAUCCAGGAAGGCAAGGGGGGAUCCACAGGGAGGUCCAAUGUGACAAGACACACAGCUUGACGACGAGGAAGGAUGACGGGGAGCUGGAGAACGACAACACAAGAGACGAUGAGAACGACGGGGAGGAAGCACAGGGAGAGAAAAUGCACAAGUGGUGAAUGAUCUGCAAUCUGCAGAAAGACUCAGGCAUCUAACAUGGACCUGGAUGUCAUCAAAUACCUGGCCAAGGCCAAGGCGAACCACGAUUGUGGAGCUUUGCAGUCAGCUUUCAAUGUAUUGGAAGCGAUGACAGCAGCUGGAAGCCCAGAAGGAGCACUCAGCGUUGACCCACAUUUGUAUGUAUCCUGUGGAGAAGAAGCUCUGCAGCUGGGUUGUUUAGAGAUAAGCGCGGCGUGUCUGCAGAAGUUCUUUGAGUGCAACCCACCGGCUGAUCAAUAUCUGUGUCGGGCCUUCAUCUGCCAAGGCCAGCUUGUAAGUCCCUCGGCCACAGGGAGCAUGGAAGACUUUCAAGAGAAUGUGCAGUGUUUUCUUAAAGCAAUUGAAAUUGCAAAGCGAGAAAAAAGAACUCAUUACAUUGUGUUCAACGCCUCAGUACUAUAUCUCCAGAUGGUACGUCCUCUCCUGCAACCAGGGCGGUGCCGCCACCUGAUUUCCUCUCUCAAGCAGGUGGUCAAAAGUCUGGAAGCGGUGGCUGACAAAGACCACGGCUGGAGGGCAGAACUCAUGAUGCACCUACUUGACUGUCUUUUGGACUCUGGGAAAAUGGACGAUGCUGGAAGCUAUGCAAGAGUUUCAGAGGAAUUCAUCAAAAAACACUGUCCAAGUCUUUAUUACAAACUUUUUCGUUUACAGGUGUGGCAUAACCUGUCAAAAAAGGAAGUUCUGCUCAAAAAGAUCCGGCAGUCGACUACAUUAACUGUCAUUUCCAAAAUACUACAAUUUAAAAGGGGGCUAGGGGAAAUAAAAGAGGAUGAAGUUGUAAAAAAAGAUUUGAACGAGCUUGAGGAGAUUUUUAGUCUACUGGGGGAUUCCACAAAAGCAUCUCUUCGGACACCCCUUGAACCAUCUAGCAGAGUUUCCUUACUCAUGGAGCUGUCUUUGCUGGCCUUGCAAGUAAAGAAUGAAAAAGUGGCAAUCAAAUGCUUAAAAAAAAUUAAGUCAACAGGGGAGACGAGUAUCGGUGAACAGAUAAUAAUGGAGUGUGUCAACUGUGAAAUAAACCUCCAGAAGAAAGAGACAAAGAUGAAUGACUAUUCCAAAUCCAGUGUUGAGGCCCGUCUAAAGGAGAUAGGGAAGCUGAAUCACUGUCUACAGGCUGCUGUACGAGAAGGGGACCCGCAGGCCGUGCAGGCAGUGUGUGCGACCCAGUGGAGCUUCUGUCUCCCACUGUUGCAGCACAAUCUACGCAGACACGUGAAGACGCCUUUGUCCAGGGUGGCCCAAGCACUGGAAGACAUGCAAUGUAUGCUGUUCCCAGUCCGAUGUUUGGUCCACGCAGAACUUGCAGUGAUGGAAGAGGAGGACGGACUCCUGGAGGCCUCAAUCACUCACCUCCAAAAAGCUAUGCUACUAGAUAACGGCACACAAAAAGAAAGAUUAUCGUCAGCUUUCCAUCUCUUACAGCUCAGAGGGAACCUCUAUCAAUCACCCUCUCGCAACGAGGAUAAAGCCGCUAUGCUUAUGCAGCAGGUGAAGGACAUGCAGACCCAACAGGAUACAGAUUGCCGUCCCUUACUUCUGACUGUGGGUCAACUGUUGGCCCCUGCUGAUUUCCAGAUGGUGCUGAAUGCAGAAAGCACCCCUAAACUUACCAAAGCAAGUGUUGGAUGCGGGCCAUUAGCUCAGCUCUCUGCUGAGGCUCAGCAUUACUAUGCAGCUGUACAGAAGUUGGAAGGAUACCUGGAUCGACAAGGAGAAAAUGCUGACAACACAGAGAGGCUAAAGCUGUGGGCAACACUUGCAAAGACAGCAAGAAAACAGGAAGUCUGGGAUGUGUGCCGAGUCGCUUGUCGAUUCUGUUUGCUCUAUGAUGAGGGACAGUUGAAGAUGCCCAAGUGUCACAAAUCUAGAUGCUCGGAUGAAGAUACCACUAGUGAAAUUGUUAGCAGUUGUGAAGAAAAUCAACCCUGUGUGAAAAAGUUGCGUCUCUUAGCAGAAAUGUGUUUUAUUACUGCUGAGGCUACUAUCAAAAAGAUACAAAUGCAAGGUGUGCAGCUCAACAGCCCAGCAGUCCAUCCACAGGAUGGAGGUGUUUCUGAAGAUGAUCCACAGUGGGUUAUUUACAGGGACUGGAUCCAAUUUUUGUCUGCUUAUGCCUCCUCUACGUUCUUGCGAGCAGCUGAGCUUGGCACACAGAUUAAGGAACCGUGGCUUGUGGCAAAUGCAUCCAUUUACUCGUGGAACUACAACAAGCACUUGCUGGUUAGUGGAGACUAUAAAUGUCUCAUUCCCACGUUCCAAAGCCUGGUAGAGAUGCUCCAAGAGUCCAUUGGUAAUCGUGCUCUGUUGGUGCUACUGUGUGACGUUGUGGCUCGAGGUUUGAUCCAGCAUCUGGAGUUACCUGACAAUGUGGAGCAAGCCCCGCCACAAGACAAGGGCAAAACCAAAUCUGAGAAGGUGACUGCUGUCCAAGCUGGUAUGCUCGACCCUGAUAUUUUCCAAAAAGUCCACAAAGCACGAGAGCUAUGUGACUACGCCCUGACCAUACCCAUCUGCAACCCCAGAGGGGAGACAGUUCCAAUCGCUGUACAGAAGCAAGUAGUGACCACCUGGGUGCAGAUCAAGAACAUCCUGCAGCAGCAGGCUGGCGGCAAUAUUGACAUGGAUGAAAAGAAUGAAGAAAUGUCACCAAUGACUCGUGUGCUGAUUCAAGUGGAGAUGCUCCAGUCCAAUAAGACUCCCAGUAACUUGGAUAGUUAUGAUCCCAGUCUCUCAACACUGGUGACCAUGGUGUCUAAUGGCAACUGGACUGAUGCUGUGGUGGAGUUGCAGAUAUGGUCUCAACUUGCCACAUUCUGCCACCAUGCCAAGGAGUACCGCUUAGUGUUGAACUGCACUAAAAAAGCGAUGCUGCUUGAGGAUGCUGCAGCAAGCUGCCUCAGCUCCACCCCUUGCCUUUUGUAUGGCUUACCUGCAGUGAAUGAGAUGCUCAGCAGUGCUGCUUGUCUGAGGGGUUUGAGCACAAUUCACGAGUCCAUUGGAAAUUUACAUAUUUACAUGACAGGCAUGGACAUGCUUCUGUCUAGUGUCAGGUAUGCACAGAAGGCUGGGAGUCCAGAACUUUGUCUUCGAGCUGCCAGACAUUACUGGAAUGCUUGUCUACCUCUAUCACAGUCACCUGAGGAAAGACACCAGCUUAGAGAGCCACUGGAAGCAAUUCUCAAUGCACUCAUCCUCAUUUUUACCAAAUAUACAAGUGACAAAGUAAAAGGUCCUCAGACUUUGGUAGCAGUCCCUCCUGGGAAUUCCAAACCUGAAGCACCAAAUGAAGAAGUCCUAACCCUGAGAUCAUCGAUUUACUGUCUGUUGCUUCAAAUACACAUAGACAAAACAGACUGGAACGGUGCUCUGCAGCUGCUGGAUAAUGCUGUUAGAGAUAUGCCUUCCUCCAAACACAGACUAAAUCUGCUGAAAUAUCGCAUACAGAUGAAAGCACGGCUAGGUGAAAGUGUGUUAAUGGACAUGCAGACGUUGCAAGGCAAAGAAGAGCAGCAUUGUUCAUUGAUGUGGCACAAAGUAGCACUCUCUUCUUGCGAUGUAAAACAGCAACUGAAUUGCUUCCAGAAAUCUCUCACCUCUUUAUUGAGUGAAGAAAACCAAUGGCAAAAAGUUGGUUUCAUGCUACAAUUUGGAGCCUGGCUUUACUCUCACAACAUAUCUAAAGAGGAUGCUCAGCACCAGGUUCAGUGGGCCAUUGACAUUCUCCUUCACUUAGAAACCGAGAAGUCAGAAAAAACAGAGGACGAGUGUCAGGAAAUGUAUGGGAGCUCAGUGAAAUGUGAGACUCUGGCUGUUGUCCAAGGGCUGUCAUUCACACAAAGUGUAUCUACUCUAAGGGAGGUCCAACGCCUUGACAGCUUGGUACAAGCACACACUCUGCUUGCUGUCAUGGCAGACAGGAAUUCACCCGAGCACCAGUUUAACCUACUUAGAGCUUACGACUUUGUACUCCAAAUUUGGAAGGUGUCAAUGACUGUUGUUUGUGUGACGUCCAAUGAGCUUGCAAAAACUCAGUCAUCUCAUUCGCCCACUACUGCUGUGACAAAAAAAGAAAAGGGCAAAGGCAAAAAACCGCCCCCCGCAGAAGUGAAACCCAAAACUGUCUUGGAUCCAACACUUACUGCUAAUCUGGAUUAUUGGGUUAAAUACACUUGUCCUGAUCAUGUCCGUUACAUGUUCAAAACCAACUAUAACCCCCAAUGUAUCAAUAUUCAUAGCAUUCCAAAGCAGGACCAGAGCUUGUAUUAUCUUAACCUACUGGAAACGGAGCUCCACUCACUUUCACUCAGUCACCUGACACUGCCCAUAAUGCAUCUAGCUGAGACAUUGGCUUGUGACCUUUUGGAGAGGAAGAGCCUCUCUGACCUGUAUCGACUCAGAAUACUGAGGACCUGCAGUCAGCUUGGCAUGGAGACACAUUCCCCGUAUCACGAUAAUCUCUUGAAUCUGAUUAAACUACCAGAACAAGAACAAAUUGGGUGCCACAGAGCAAUCACUCUUUUACGGGAGAGAAGAAGCCUCUGCAACCCAUGCAAUCAGAAAGAUGGAAUGAAUGAAAUGUCUGAACCACAUCUACAAAAGAGGAAUCUGUUCAGUCUGGAUAUUUGGGUAGACAAAGCUGAGGUCUGCCUGGGAAUGGGGCUCUUUCAAGGAGCCAGGCAGCUUCUAGCCGAAGCCCAGUUGGUAGCAUCAGAAUUUGAAGACAAGACAGUAAUGGCAAGAAUCUUCCUCAAUGUGGCUGUUCUGGCUAGUGACGAACAGAACUAUGCACAGGCUCUAUAUCUUCUGGACAAGGCCCAAGCAUUAGGUGGAGACGAGCACUUCUGGUACAAAUUCACUCUCACAAAGAUCACUGCUGUAGUAGGUCAGAGACAGAAAGAUGCACAAGCAAAGAUUGAUCAAAUUGUAAAGCAAGGCUGUGAGGCUCUGAAAAUUGUUCUGGAGCAACGGAUAAACCGAGUAACAGGGAUUACCUUUUUAAUUACAUCAUUAGAAAUGAGGGGUGCCAUUGAGUGUAUACGUGCCAUUUCUGGCAAUGAUCCUGGAGAUGUACAUUGCACAGAGGAAGUUCAUAUGCUGAUAACUGCUUGCGAGAUACUUAAACAAUGUGCAAGGGUUUUUGCUCAACUUACCUACAUGGAGCAUGCUGCAAAGAGCAAUGAAGAGUGCAUGUAUGGUCUGAGAUUCCUGGCUGACAUGGCUACAGACAACAAAGAAAAGCAGCGCUUCUUGCUUGAUGGACUUUCCUGCAUGCAGUUAGCCAUCUCAGAUCAAGAAUGUGUGGUACUGAAUGCUCAUAACUACCUCCACCUGGAAGAGGAGAGUUGUGGAGUUUUAUUGUCACCCAAAUGGACACUGCUGCACAUGCGGCUCACCCUAGCAGAGGUUUGCUUGGCAAUACAAGAAGAGCACUGUGAAGAACUGCUAAACCGAGCCCGGGCAAAGGACAAGACAAUCGCUGAGAUAGCAAUUGAAGACUUUAUGCGAAGUAUACCUGAACCCAACUCUAUUGAACAGGAGUGGAUGAAUGUGGGCAGCACAUUGGGUCAGAUGGCGUUGGGCCAGCUGGCUGCAGUGAGCUCUUGUUCCAUAGACAGUAUGGAGCUGAGAGCGCACUGCUUGAGUCUGAUGGGUAAAACCAUAAGACUGAUGGCUGUGCAAGAAGACCCUGGUUAUAUAUCGUAUCUCUGGGACAAAGAUAUCCAGGAUGGUUUGUGUGACCCCAACACUUUGGAGGAAGAUCCUUCAGGGAAAGAGAAAGACAACACUUUAAGCAGUGAGGAGUCAAAGAUUACCUCUGCCAAAAGCGCUGAGCUGCAGCGUAAGAGACAUAAAGCUCAGCAGCUUUUGGCCCAGGCCAGCAAGGUAUUGUCUGAAGCUAUUGCUCUGUGUCUUCAGCACAAGUUGUCUGCUUCCAUCCUAAGCAAUGCCUCUCUUAGUAUGCUGCAGUGUCAUGGCCAGUCAGAUCAUGAACUGACAGGUCAAUAUCUCGCCUUGUUUCAGAGUGCUUUUGCUGUUGAUAUAAUGGCUGAAGUCUUAAAUUCAGCCUGUGUUGACACUAGUGUGUCCCAGCUCGCAGCUCUACUCAGCCUCCACACAAAACUGUACGUCUCUGAAGAGGGGAGGUCCACGAGAAUGCUGGAAGGAGUGAAAUAUUCCCUGAACAGUAUCUCCAAGGCCUUCUCUCAACUAACCAUUGAUCCCAACCACCUGAACUUUGUUGCGGAACUUCCGCCUGAGAUGAAGAUUAUAUUACUGCAGCACUCCUAUGAUGGGUCUGAACUUUAUGGAGCCUUUUACAACAUGCCUGAAGCUCCAGAAAAUACAAAAGUGAAGACAGCACCAGGUUUCCUGACUAAAGUAGCCAAGGUUUCUGUCUGCCCAAAGGCUCUGCUCGCACUUCAGGAGCAGACCCGGUCCUUUGACCAAGAGACAAGACAUGCUUUCCUGAAGGAGGCUUGUUUGUAUGAGGGAAGAGUGGAAGAAUCCCCGGAAGAGUUUCACGCUUCUGAUCCUGAAUCUGAUGCAGACAAGGUGUUGACACUUCAUUUCAGGGAAAUUGUUCAGCAAAUGGAAGAAUAUUUGAAUCCUCUUCUUGCUCAAUUUGACUUCUCUUGUUUGAGCUCCCAGGAGUCAUUAGAACCAAUUCCUGAAGGGGUCCAAGACAAAAGUAAAGAAAACAAAUUACCCUCAGAAAGUACACCUCAACUAGGAGAGUUUGUGGUGUUGCUGGUUGACUGUAAGUUGAUGGAGUUGCCUUUGGAGGCUUUGUCCGUCCUUCGGGGAAACCUUAUAUGCUCAGUGUCCCGAGACUUCUCCCUGCAGCUUUUCCAUAACCGCAUGCAAAAAGAAGAGCCACCCAAAGUGGUGGAAAAGGAAACCAAAGGUGGUAAAGGCACUAAGGGAAAAGCUGAUCAAAGCCAAACCAUCAAAGUGAUGCCGACCAGUCAUUUUUUACCUGCUAAAACCUUCCCAUUGGACACACGGAACUUGAAAAGUAUCUUUAAUGACAAAGAUGUUGUCAACAUUUCCAGCAUCUUGGAAGGGACCACGCUUGCUGAGAAGAUGAAGAUGAAGUGGGAAACUCAGGGCCAACAUUUUAACCCUCUGUUAGCAGGCUUUGUGGGCAUCAAACAAACUCCCAGUUUGAGUGAGAUGGAGAAGAUACUGUGCAACUGCAGCGGAUUCUUGUACCUUGGAACGGAACGCUUCUGGGCUCACAUGCCACCUGCCAAGCUAGCGGCCCUCAACCUGUCAGAGUGUCACAUGGCUGUUCUCUUUGACCUGGUCCAGAGCAAUACCAACACCCAACACUACUCACAAUUUGACAUGUACAAAAGGGCAGGACGGCGCACUUUGGAGAAGCCAUUGGAGAUCGCUAUGUUGAUGAGCUUAAAUGGUGUCAGUUGUAUUGUCCUCAACCAGUGGCAUAGCAGCCUUCAACAAAACUCCCAAUACAUGACUAACUUUUUGGACAAUUUUCUGAGCUUCAAACAGACCUCUGGGCAGAUUGUCCAUUCCCUUAGACGAGACACUCACUCUGGAGGGAUAUCAUGUGACCAAAAGGCCAUAGGAUUAAAUGCAAGUUCCUCCAGCACUCAGGCUGGCAGUAUGCCAGGACACGCCCCUGCACGCGCCGGGCGCUUAACGCCCACGCAACGACGCAGCUGCAGACUAUCGACAAUCGGCGCACCUGGGAAUAAUCAGAGCGGUAGCAUAAAGACCACUGGACCUUUGGAGCCUACGCCGGAACGUCGUUAACUCCUUGCAUACCCGUCUUGCCCCGUGUGCUCGAGCACUGUGCCUCAACCUCCCUCCGGAUUUUGGACUGCCUCCCUCGAUCCUCGACCCUCGCUUGGACACGGACCUUGUCGCUUCUCUCCUGCCCUCGACCACCUACCUGCCUACGGACCACCUUUUUGUCUCGCCCUUUUGGACUGCUGAAGGAUUCAUCCAACACGCACCUACAACAUUGUCUGGUAAUAUUCACAUGGUUAAAAUCACACAUAGUCCUGCAACAAACACAUAGAGUAGCAUACACCACCCACACACUCAUCAAAGGUUACAGUAAACCCGGUAACUUGAGCUUCCACGUGGUGUCGUUUCCUUCCACCCCUCACGUACCUAACAGUUAUAUUUCAUAUAGUAGGAUGAGUAAGAUUAUCUUGAAAAUUAAUGGAUGGAUGAGAUAAAUUCAGAAUGUGUAUCAUGGCUUUUCUUCUGUGUACUUUGUAAACAAUUUAAGUUUGAAGAGUACUUGAAGUGGAUCAUAUUAGUAUAUUGUUUGAUUUAUUUGCUUAAUCCAUUCCAUAAUUUAAUUCCACAUACUGAUAUACUAAAUGUCUUAAGUGUUGUAUGUGUGUACAAAUGUUUUAAUUACAUUUUUUCUCUAAGAUUAUAUUUCUCCUCUUUUGUUGAGAAGAAUUGUUGUAUAUUUUUUGGUAACAGAUUGUAGUGUGCUUUGUGUAUAAUUUUAGCUGUUUGCAAAUUCACUAUCGUGGAAUUUCAGUAUUUGUGAUUCAA